CAUCAUCCUCUUCUUCCCACAAGACCUACAGUGUUUCUCUCUCAACUUCCUCUCUCUAAAAUCUUAUCUGUCCUCGGUCUCCGCCGCCGCCGCCGCCGCCAUGGUUACCGAAGACCAGCUCAACAACCCCCCUCAGCCACCUCCUCCGGCUCCUUCUCUCCCUCACUACCCCGAGAUGAUUAUGACAGCGAUCGAAGCUCUGAACGACAAAAACGGAGUGAGCAAAACGGCGAUAACGAAGCAAAUCGAGUCCACAUACGGCGAUCUGCCCCCUGCUUUCACUACGCUUCUCGCCCACCACUUAGACGUCAUGAAGCAAACAGGCAAACUCCUCUUCGUCAAAAACAACUACAUGAAGCCUGAUCCCAACGCCCCGCCCAAGCGUGGCCGUGGCCGCCCACCCAAGCCUAAAGUCCCUCUUCCGCCAGGCACCGUCGUUCCUCCGCCUCGCCCACGUGGCCGUCCUCCCAAACCCAAAGAUCCAUUCGCUCCCAUUUCGCAGCCGAAGAAGAAAACCUCGACGGGAAGUGGAAGGCCACGUGGCCGCCCCCCGAAGUCUCCGAAACCUGCGCCAACGUCUGCUCCUCCUGUCGCCGGCCCCCCCAGAGGCAGAGGGCGGCCACCGAAGGUAAAGCCGGCGGUGGCCCCGAUUGGGUGUUAAGUGGGAAAAAGAAAAACAGAGCAAGAGAGAGAUAGAGAUAGAGAGAGAAAAAUAUGAAAUUGUUUAGGUUGUGUUUAGCUACUGAGAGCUCUCCGGGAAUUGCUCUGUUUUUAAUUUCUUUUUCCUUCUAAUUUUAAAAAUUUUUAAUUUUUA